AGCUCAUAAAUUGCUGUCAUUUUUAAAUCCUUAAAAUUCAUCCUGUAUAAAUGGCGUAAAUCGCGAAUCUUGUAGUUAUUGUAAAUUGUAUAUAGUUUAUUGUAUAGUUAGUGAUAAUAUUUUGUGUCGUGAAUUGAAAAAAUAGUGUACAAAUUGUGAAUUCCAAUAGUGUUUGUGUACAGUGGAAAAUAUCUUAACAAAGCCGACGCCGAAGAUCGUAGAAAAUUUCGAGAAAUACAAUUAGUUGAUAUAAGUUGUGCCUCCUGAUCAGCAAUAGAGACACCAAUGAAGUGGUUGGGGGGCGGAGAAGGUGAUGGCAUAAUAAAAGCUGAAAUGGAUCGAGGGCUGCAUCGUACACAAGAUGAUGCUGCAGUUGGUUACAUUUUUCAAAGACCACCAGAUCCGGAAUUUCCUUCAUUCAGUCCAAAGCAGCAACGAUGGGCUGGAGACGAAGGAAUUGUUGAUAACCAACAUGACCAGAAAUGGAAAUACCCUACUGUAGUGAAUAACAAAGUGGCUACUCCUCCUAACAGCAUUUCAUAUAUGGGCAGUGCCGGGGCUGCCGCCGCGGCUGCGAUGCCCCCCCUUUACGAUAUGGGUGGGCAAAAUAUCAACAAAGGUCUCCACGAACAACAAUUCAUUUAUAUGUCAAAUCAGUUGCCGCCACCUCCACCUCUACAUCAUCCACCUUAUUUGCCUCCUCAAAGUUUGACGCAGCAGUUGCACCAACAGAUGAGACAUCAGGUGAGUCAAGGUUUCGACCAAUUACAGUGCGGAUUUGUCAGUGACGGCGUAUUAAGUCUUGUUCGAGGACGGCAACAGAUCGCACCAGCAGCAAAAAAAUUGUGGGGUCUUGAAUCGAAAGAUGGCUCCAGCAAACUGAAUUUGAACCAUUUAAAUCAUGAAGGAGUAUGGAGAGACCCGACUUGGGCAGCACCCGAGCAUGCAGUGUCGGCUUCUUUAGCAAUGAGCAGACGGGCGGGGGGCGGAUUCGCGGGCGGGGGAGGCGGCGACACAGGUGGUGGCGGUAGUAUCUUAUCACCUCGCGGUUCCGAUAACGGCGGUUUGGGCGUAAAAAUGGUGGAAUACGUAUUGGGUACGUCGCCUACCGGUAAAGACAAUACAAUGGUAGGCGUACCUGGUGGCCCGGGCGGUCUAGAACCACGUAUGCGCGCUUUGGUACUACAAGAUUGCGAUAAAGAUAAAGACAAACCGCAAAGUCCUAAAGAAGAAUGCAACGGACAACAAGUCGUCGUCGUCCAAAACGGACAAGUUGGACAAGAUGAAGAAAAAGGCGGUUUCAAUUUCCUUUGCAGUAGAACGCCGGGUAGCCGGCAACCAUCGCCAGCCGAAGAAGAACUCAGCAAAAAUGGAAUGGGUCUAGAUCCCGCAUCUUUGGCGGUAUUGAAGCAACAACCCAACGAACAGCCUUUACAGACGCAUCAUUUACACCAUUUACCGCCGCAUUUGGCCGCCCAUCACGGUGUCACUUUAGCCGAAUCGGUAAAUCAACAAUUCGAACUGUUUGCAGCCGAACAGCAGCAGCAACAACAGCAACAGCAGCAACAAGCUAGCGCUAAUCCUUAUGAGCAACAACAGCACGGUUACGCUCCCCAACACCCGCAACCGCAUCAGCCGCACCAGGUAGAUAGUGCAGUUUUGCAGCAGCAACAGCACAAUUUCGAUGUACAGCAACUCUUCCGAUCUCAACAAUCGCAAGCGGCAACGCCGACGGCUGCGCAAUUACAGCUGUUGCAGCAACAGCAACAACAGUACUUGGCGCAACAACAACAAGCAGCUGCCGCAUUCCCACAACCCCCCUACCUCGUUAAUCCACAACAAGAGCCUUAUCUGAUAACCGCUGGGGUACCAGCUCAGUACUAUGGAGUGGGACCGUGGGUAUAUCCAGCUCCGCCUGCAAAUCUCAUACAACAGGGUGCCAAUAAUGGAGCCAGGAGACCUCUCACUCCUAACGGCACGACUGAGGCCCAACCGCAAGUACAGCCGCAAGUACCUGGAGGCUACAUAGUUCCCUACUACGAUCAGAAUGCGGCGCCCAUCAUAAUGGCACAAGGCGCAGCAGCGAUGCGUAACGGUACGCCGAUGCGUUUGGUAUCGCCAGCGCCUGUUUUGGUACAACCGCAAACAGCUGCCGCCGCAGCUACUAGACAGACACAAGCCGCAGCUGCUGCGCAUGCCGCCGCCGCUUCUCUAUAUUCCAGUACGCCUCAAGGUCUUUAUGGCGCUGCUAGUGUCAAUACUUCAGUCAACGGGACCACACUUGGAGGUGUGGCCCAAGGUGUGGGUUCUGGUCUGUUUCAAACAUUACAUGCUGCUCCUCCAUCUGGUCCAUUCGGUAGCUCUUCAUUGGGAAAUAUCGGAUCAUCUGCUACCACUACAUCUUUGCAUACAGAUAAUUUGACGGGCUUAGGUCUAACGACCACCUCUACAGCUCGAAGGGACUCUUUCGAUCGCAACACAUCUGCUUUUUCGCCAUCAUUGGAAUACAGACAGAAAUGGCCGACGUCAUACAAUAUCGGCAACAGUCCGAGUCCAUUAACGGGAAGUCUGACACCACCACCACCUACUGCUCCUUUACAACUUGGCGGUCUCGUCAAUUCUCGCGUAUUAUCCGCUGCGCCAGGUGCAGAAGCUAAGUACAGAAAUUCCGUUGCUGCAGGACUGAACACGACGGCCAUUUUCGGUUCGACUAAUAGUCUAUUUACUAAGAUAAAUUCGACAUUGACUACCGUUCCGACGACACUGGAUAAAGGUCCUCAAGGUCGAUCAAGACUGCUGGAAGAUUUCAGAAAUAACAGAUAUCCCAACUUACAAUUAAGGGAUCUGGCUAACCACAUCGUUGAAUUUUCACAAGAUCAACAUGGAUCGCGAUUCAUACAACAAAAAUUGGAACGCGCGACUGCUACAGAAAAACAAAUGGUAUUCAAUGAGAUCUUAUCAGCUGCUUACAAUCUAAUGACCGACGUUUUUGGUAAUUACGUCAUACAAAAGUUCUUCGAAUUCGGUACUCCUGAACAGAAGACUACACUUGCGCAAAAGGUUCGUGGGCAUGUAUUGCCAUUGGCUUUACAGAUGUACGGAUGCCGUGUAAUACAGAAAGCAUUAGAAUCUAUUCCUCCUGAGCAACAGCAAGAAAUCGUUAGAGAAUUGGACGGACACGUUUUGAAAUGUGUUAAAGACCAAAACGGUAAUCACGUGGUGCAGAAAUGUAUCGAAUGUGUUGAUCCCAAUGCUUUGCAGUUCAUUAUUUCAUCAUUCUCUGGACAAGUAUACACUUUAUCGACCCAUCCAUACGGAUGUAGAGUAAUUCAGCGCAUCUUAGAACAUUGUACACCUGAUCAGACAACGCCUAUCUUGGCUGAACUACAUCAACAUACUGAUCAGUUGAUUCAAGAUCAAUUCGGAAAUUAUGUUAUCCAACAUGUACUGGAGCAUGGAAAACCGGAAGAUAAAUCUCAGUUGAUCAAUAGCGUUAGAGGAAAGGUAUUGGUACUGAGUCAACAUAAAUUUGCUAGUAACGUUGUGGAAAAAUGCGUGACACAUGCCACUAGAGCAGAAAGGGCUCUACUCAUUGAAGAAGUAUGCGGAUUUAAUGACAACGCUCUACACGUAAUGAUGAAAGAUCAGUACGCUAAUUACGUGGUGCAGAAAAUGAUUGACGUUAGCGAACCUACACAGCGCAAGGUGUUGAUGCACAAGAUACGCCCUCAUUUGAAUUCAUUGCGAAAAUAUACAUACGGCAAACACAUCAUUGCCAAAUUGGAAAAGUAUUUCAUGAAAGCACCAGGAUCGCUCAGCUCCAUCGGAGGGGAGCUCGGCCCCAUCGGUCCUCCUACUAACGGUGUGCUCUAAGGACAUUUAAUUCGGAAGUAAAACAUUUCUUUUUAAUCAUGUUUUAUUUAAUUUUGAUUCCAGUAUUUUUUUUCGAGUUGAUUCUUUUAUUUUUUUUCCUUGAAUGACUGCCAUGUAAGGUAGUUCAUUUAAAUAUUUUUUUCUUUCGUAAUUUUUUUUAUCAUGAAUUUUUCUACUUUAUUUUUCAUUUUAAGGUUAGUAAUAGUUAAGGUUUAUCAUGUACACAUAUUGUCUUGUAUUAUAAUUGUAAUUUAUGUAAUUUGACUUAUUAUUAUUAUUAUGUUUCUUUUUCCAAUAAUUAAUUGCGUUGAUUGGCUUUUGUUUUUCGACACAUUGCUGGUAAUAGUGAUUUUUUAGGUUUAGUGAGUCCUGAUUUUAUUUUCUUUUCUGUAUCGUUUCGAUGCGAUUAGGAUCAUUUGAAAUAAAAGCAAAAGACAAGCAAUUAAAUGAAGCAACGUGCAUGUUCAUUUUUGUCUCCUAACGGAAUAAGUUUUCUAAAAAAUAAAAUAAUCAAAAGAUGAAUCUCAUUUAUUAUUCUUGUUUCGCGUCCUAUGAAAAGAAACAAUUUUGUAAAUAAAACGAUUUUUUCUAGGAAGUAAACUGAAUAUUUUCCAAAAAGAUUUGUUGGUAAUAAAAAGUAUUUUUGUUCUUUCUAGAAAUUAUUGCCCAUUUCUCCUGACAGUAAGUUAAUUAAUGUGAUAAGGUCCUCAGGAAAUAGACUUGAACAUCAUCAGAAUUCAUCAAAAUAAAAUGUUUUCUAAAAUUCGCACGUCAUCCAACACACGCUUGUUCUUUUUUCAAAAUUUUCCCAAAAAACAAAUAUAUGGAAAACAUCUUUUUAAAAUUGCCCCUAUCAAAUAAUCACUAUUCGUAAUUUUUUAAAGGGGUUUUUUUAAAUAAAAUUUUUUGGGAUUCUUUAAAAAUUAUAAUCAACCUAACAUACACGCCGUUUGCAUUUAUAUUAGGACUUAGGGUUUUUAUCAUUAUAUUAGAAAAGUUUCUUAGAUGUCGGCCGCUUUGUUUCGCUAACUGUCGAGAAAAACUUCACAAAUAUUUUUUCAAGAUUUAGAGACACGAGAUUUUUGAACGGCUAAAAUGUAUAAAAUAUUUUUUCCUCAUUAUUGUUAUUCCAUCAUUCCAAAAUAAUAAUUAUCAUAAAAUAAUAUACCAAUGAAACAAGUGUUUUCAAUAAUAUUUUUAUCAUUCACGGGGUAGUUAUUAAACCUCGACAGAAUCAUUUUUUAUCAUUUUCUUUUUAGCAAUUUUAGAAUUAAUUAAGAAAAACACAAAUUAUAAAUCAAAAAACUAUUUUUUUAACACUAGUUUGUUUCAACCGUCUAAAAUUUUCUCUUUUUCAUCAUUUCAAUUUCUUCUUUAUCAAAGUUUGUUAACAUUGCAACCUAAAUGUAUCAAAAUGGACAUAAAUUAGGGAAUAAAUAUUUGUAAAGUUCCAUUAUGAAAUAAAUGAAGAACCAGUACAAAUAGAACAAAAAUCCAUAUUUAUUGAUGUAGCUUCAAAGAUUUGUCAUAGUUUGGUACAAUUUUUUGUCGUCUUCUGUUUAUUGAUUCAUUAGGUCAGUGGCGGCACUAUAUACCACAUGUGAACGUCAACGAUAUCAGAUUUUUGAGGGCUCUUUCAUUUCAUGAAUAAAAUAAAUGAGUUUUUCGGCUUUUAGUCUAAUUGAGCUCAACAAUGUUAAUUUCAAAUCCUGUUACGGACUUCUUGAAUCCAGCUUUGUAAAGAAUUAAUAGCGACUUGGACUUGAGUAGAUUACCAACUGCCGAUAGAGAGAGAAACGACAUCGGUAUACCACUCUCUAUUUCUCUCUGCUCUAUUCUGAUGAUGGGAUCGAAAUGACGUCGAUGUUUCAACCGGUAGGAACUCCAAAAGAGAAGAAUAACAAGUUAAGAUAUUAUAAACAAGUAGAGGGAGGGUAAAAUGAUGCUCUUUCUUUCUCUUCCAAUAGUAUAAUUACACUUACAUGCCGCUCUCUCUAUCUUUAACUCUAUGGGUUGGACAUAGUCAUGAAAACCACUAUUGAAUCGUCCAUUUCGGUUUUACCUCGAACCUCGUAGAUUUGUAGAUGAAUUUUACUUGGUUUAACGGUGUUCGCCUUCGAAAAACCAAAUUUCAGAAAUAAUCAUUUCAAACAAAGCUCUACAACGAACAAUAAGUUCAGAAUAGCUUUCCGAUGUUUUAUUAGACUCAUAGUAUAUAUCUCACCUAUUUCAUUCCCUAAACCUUGAUAAUUGCUAAGAUAUUGAAAAUCUCCAUUAUUCCAACUCCAAACACUAUGUUUUGCGAGUACAAAAUAACUAAGAACAUAAACUUUAUUACAUUGGAACAGUUGACGUUGGGUUAUCAGUCUGCUGUACAUACAACGCUAACUAACUGGUAUACCAAUAAUCAAGCAAUUGAAGAUAUUGAAAACAAUCUAACAUUGGGAAAAAGUCGAUAAUAAAAUGAAUUGAAAUGAAGGAAACAAGGAAGAAUGUUGAAAGAGUAGAAGGAAACAAAUAACCUUCAAUUAUGAAUUCAAAUGAAGAAACAGAAGCAAUUGUGGGAUGCUGUCUUAAGAAUAAUUAAGAUUCAUUCAGGAAGCUAGUACACACCGAAAAACAAAUUCUUAAGAUACUAGAUUACUUCACUAAAUUAUUCAACAAGUACCAAUUCCCUGGAGCCAUCUUCUUGGAUGUCAGCAAAGUCUUCGACCGUGUCUAACAUCAAGGCCAUAUAUUCAAGAUGAAAUAAAUAGGAUGUUCAAUAAGGCAGGUGGAAAUUGGGACACGUAUAGCACGUGUGAGGUAGCGUGACACGACUAGUGCAUGCUACAUAUGCUGCGCGGUGAUCCGCAUAUUGGACACGCGUUUUCAAAUAAGAAACUGUGAGGUUUGGAUUUGAUUGGCAGUUUGAAACUAUCUGGCAUCAAAUAAUAUCUUGACAUUUUGACAAUCGAACUAAACAAUUGUUGUUAUUGAACUUGAGUUCUGAAUCAGAAUCGGUUGAUGAUGCUGAGGAGGAAAUGUCGUUUUAUUUCUUGAUGAUAAAGAAAUUUAAAGGAUUUGAUAAAUUUAUUCUAUCGAAGAGAAAAAAGAGUAGAAAAUUCACAAUUACAACUAAAAUGAGUGAUACUGAUUUUGCUAAUUAUUUCCGAAUGAAUUGAAACCAGUUGCAGAAGUACAUAAGAUGAUUCGACAUAAUACCCCAAAGACCCCAAAUCCGAUUCUUUAGUUUCGUCUUCAUAUAAUCACCAUUUUUUGUAUCGUCAUUCUGUCAUUUCUUUUUUCGUAGAAAAAUUAAGGAAAGACUUGCUAGACACUCACAAGUGUGUAACAACAAACUGUGUCUGCAGGACACGUUUGUGAGCUCACGCGUGUCCCAAUUUGCGCCUAGCCUAACUUUGACGAAACUGCUGUUGUCGAUAGUUUGAUCUGUUCAAAUGAAAUGUAUUUUUUUAUAACAACUUUUUAUUAUUAUUCACAUGAGACUAUUGGAAUGGAACUAACUUUUUUGUAAAUAAUUAUUAUAUUUAAAAUAUCAUUUUCCGAAAAAAGAAUCUUGUUGUUUCUACCUCUUAUUAUUACGUUUGUAAAAUAUGUUAAUUUGUCAUAGAAAAAAAGAAACUAAUAUUUCAGAGAUAUAUUUAUUGAGUUGAUAUCGUAUUCAAAUUGAUUAUGUAAAAAAGACUCGAGGAAAUUUUUAUCGACUUGUAAAAUAAUAAAAUCCCUAUGAUGUAAAUAUAAUUUGUAAAAAAAAUAUGUAAUUUUUCUUGUACAUAUUGUGAAGGAUUUAACGGUAGUUGAAAGGAAACAUCGCGGGCCGUCCUAGAUCGUUUGGAAUCCUGUUACUCCAAGAAAUCUAGAUAAAUGAAAAGCUAAAGCCGAAAAAAAUUCUUGUACUCUGUUUAUUGCCAUCCUAUUUCAUAUUUGACGCAGUUGCUAAAUGUAUUGAAUUCUUGAUAGCGAAAAGCAACUGUAAUAAAUUUAGUUUUAAUUAAAGCAUAUACAGAGUACAUAUUAACUAAUUAAUAUUUCUAUUUGUCUUGUGGUAUAUGGAAAAAAUUCCUCUUAGACACAUGUAAGCUGUUUAAAUGGUAGGAAGUAUUUUACAAAAAAAAUGUAGAACUUGAUGGCACUAUUUUCUUUUUACAAUUUUAAAUUUAAAUCGUGUAAAUUUUUCUCAGAUUCCAUUUUAAUAUUAACAACAAUUAUCAAUGUCUAUGAUACACUAAACGGACGUUCCAAUUCUGCGAACAUCUCUAUUCAGUAUGCACUAAUUUUUUUUUAUUUAUCGGUGUUUUCAUAUCAUUAAAUGUCACUUGUCGUAGUCGAUUAUUUCCAUUGAGAAGUUAUCAGUACUUUGGGACGUCUCAUAUACUUUUAUUGCAUUUAUGACUUUGUUUUCCCAAGCUAACCUUUAGGAAUAACCAUAUUUGUACACAUUUUCACUGUUAACAUAAAUUUAGAUAAUAUUUAUAUUUAAAGAUCAUGUCUUACAUUGACCGACGAUUAAAUUAUUUCACUAGAACCAAAAAUUGAAGGCAAAUUUCAUUUAACAAUCGAGUACAUAUUUAUAUCAACAAAUCCUUCAAAAAGGAGCCAGGAAGAAAAUAACACGUCCAGUACACAACCUCUACAAAGGAAAUUCAAAUUGUUUCCUUUUUAUUUUUCCAUUAAAAUACUUUUUAAAUCUUAGUUGCCGUUUUAUCAUCAAAAUAGGCGAUAAAUUUUGAAAUCAAAUUUUGAGGUUAUAAAACAGGAAAAAAUCGCUGGGGACCAGAUCUGGUGAAUACGUGAAUUUUAGUCAAGGCCAUUAUACGGUGCGUUGUCCUGAUGGAAUUACUUAUCCUGUCUUUACAUUUUGUGGGCCAUGUCCGUCCGCAAGCAGCUCUUCUUAGCUCAUAUGCUAAAGGCUGGGUCCAUUGGCCCAAUCAAAUAAAUUUCUUCGGUAAUUUGAAGAAUUUUGAAAUGUAGUAUGAAUAGAGAAAAUUUUUGAGAAAUGCAGGAUUGUAGUGCAAAGACACCUGAAAUUUAAUUGCGCUUUAUCAGAUCAUAAAUUACAAACUUUCAUAGGUUUGGCCUUGUAGUUGUAUCUUUUGAAAUUCUAUUUUUGAAAAACUUUCUAAAUUAUAAAUGUAUAAUGAAACUUGAUCCAUGUUUUAUGCUUUUCAUCGGCGUAAGUAGCUAAAAUAAUCAAACUAACCACAUACACACAAUCACGAAUUUUUAUAUAAACUGAAUCUCGGUUAUGCGCAUAAGUCGUUUCGUGAAAAGGGCAGUUGACAAAGGUUUCUCUCAGCUUUAUCAACUCUACUAAUAAUCUAAGAAUGUUACAAAUAAGUAGCAACUAGGUAUAUCUAUAUUUGAAAAUUAUUCCCUGUCAGCUUAUAUUUUUGAUGAAAAUUUUUAUUAGCUAACUUUGAGGACUGUUCUAUUAUAUACAAUUGUAUCCUAUUGGAACAAUAUCUGCGGUAUUCAACCAUUCGUAAAAUAAUUGUUCCAUUUUUUACCGUUCGAACAUGUUCUUUUAAGGAGUGCGGUGUAAUUUAAUUUUUCUCCUCAUUAGAUGUACUUAUUUAGCCAAAAGCUUGUUCAUAAGAACCAUUAAGUGUGUAGAUCAAUCUUCGGUUUCUACUCUAAUGUGUGUCAGAAACCAUUCUGUAAUGCUCCGAAUUCUUUGAAUAUGUUCUUGCAAAAGGAAUUACUGAGGUUUCUUAAAAAAAUAUAUUUUCGUUUGUACAUUUGUCAGACAUGAUCUUUAAUAUCACCGAUAAUCCAAAUAAAACCAUAAUUUCGGUUAUCUUUAGUAAGUGUACACGAUUCCGAGUUUUUGUAUUAUAUUGUAAUAUAGUUUCGUUCGUAAUAUUUCCAAUAUAUAAAAAAUAACACCAUUUAACAACCAUCCGUCAUUUUUAAAUGUAACUAGGUAAUUUGUACGCUUACCAAUGAUAACCGUACGGGCAAAAUCUGGACCAGAUCUCGAUAUUUUGAAUAAAACGGUUCAAUUUCAACCAUUUUUGAAGAUUGGUAAGAAACUAGAUUAUUUAAAAACCUAAAUCUGGUUGUUGUUUUGUCUAAUGUGAAAUUUAACAAUUUCAAUGUGCAUUUGUAGUAAUUAGUGAGAACAUACAGUAGGCGAAAAUUCGAAAAUUAUCAUUUCUACGGUUUUUAAUGAUUAUAUCCAUUUUGUGACCCAAUUGUCUUUAUUCACGAUUCACAAAUUCCAAAUAUUCUUCUCUAAACAAGAUUUUUUUAAUAUUCCAGUUCAGUGUUGCCUACGUUCUUUAAAUAAAUAUUUUUAAAUACAAAUUGAUCUGGAAUUAUAUUUAUUAAAUUCUAGAGCUAAUACGAUACAAUAAAUCCCGAAAUAUAAACAUUGUGGUAGAUAUUUCGGAAAUAUACCUAUCCAAAUGGUUGUUUCUUUCUUAUUAUACAUCAUCAGUAGUGCUACAGUCUUUCAGGAGGGCCUCGACUGUCUCUAGCAUCCAACGCCAUUUUUCCAGUCUCUUACAAGAACCAUCCAGUUAACUGCACCAAUCUUGUAGCAUCUUCUCUCUCCAUCUUAGCCUUGGUCUCCCUCUGCCUCUGGUCAGUCCAUUGGUAUAACCUUAAAGUUAUUUUUGUGGGCACGCUGUUAUCGAUGCGUCCUGACCAUCUAAGCCUGCCCAUCUGGAUUGUUGUUAUUACGUCUUCUUGAGAGACUCGUUUUAAGUAAUUAUUUUGACAGUUCAAAAUAACAUCGAUUGGCCUCUGACUAACUCAUUAAUCAAGUUUAUCGAGGCUCCUAAAUAAACGAACUUAAAUACUAUUUCGAUAUUUUCCAAUUGUAUUAUUUUGAAUCGCAUUUCUAGCCCUGCGCUUUUUUUCGCAGCCUUAAAACUUUGUCUUAUUCGUAUUGAUCCUUUGCAUAAUUCUCAAAAUUUCUUAGGGUUUUAGAGGUCAGCUCUAUGUUGUCUCCGUAGGCAAGCACCUGUAUUGUCGAUUUUGACUACUUUUUCCAGUGCUGUGUUGAAUAGGAGACACGCCUCACGCCUACUGUUGUUUGCAAUGGGUCUGAGAUUUCAUUAUGUUUUUUUUUAAAUGACAUACCACAUUUGAUAUUGUUAUCUUUGUCAAAUGAAUUAAGGUUUUUGGUAUGUGUAGUUCAUUCAUGGCCUGGUCUUGGAAUACUAUCAAAUAACGCCUUAAAAUCAAUGAAAAUGUGGAAGAUUGUACUCGUAGUACUUUUCAAGUUUCUGGUGUAGUAUGAAAAUCUGGUGUGUUGUUAUACAGUUUUAGGAAAAACGAAAGUUUUAUUUUUCAUUGUAUUAUCAGAUUUUGAAAUUGAUGUAUACACCUCUGGUCCACGUUGUAUAUUUAAAAACAGGGAGAAAAAUUCCGUUUUUUGUCGUUUCAAAUUGUUAUAGUUAUUUCGAAAAACUUUCUGAAUUACUUUUAAUAAAUUCUAUAUAGAAUAUUUAGUUGAAUAGUUUUGUAACAUAUAAUUGGAUUUGAUUUAUUAGGUUUUUCUGGGAUUCCAAUUUUCUCAAAAUAAUUAUAUUUAGCUCAAAUUUAUUACUACGAUAGAACAUUGGAAGUUAUUAAUUUUAUUUUUCUCUUGAUACUUACAGAUAUUCAAAUGAAACAGUGAAAAGUUACGUAUUAUGGUUGACGUAAUCAAAAUAUCUUUUUCUAAUUUUCCUUAGCUGAAAUUAAAGGUUUCGUCAGUGGGAUCUGGUCUUUAAGGACACCUACUUAUAUCCCCCCCUCACUUUCCUAGUGAUAUGUAUAUAUUAUAAUAAAAAUACGAUGUUUUAUGUGUUGAGAUCAUUAUUAAAUUGUAUCACAUGUAUUUAUAUAGAAACAUAAAAAGUGUUUAAUAGUGUAAUAAUGUAAGAUAUCCAAUUUUGUACUUAGAAAUUAUUUGUAUUUUGUAAUUUUUAACCAUAACUUUAAAGGGCGUACGGCUGUUUUCGGUUGACAGUUUAAAUUUAAAAAAAAAAGUUUAAAAACUCUCAUGCUUGAAUAAUGGAUAAUUUUUAAAACAUAUCUAUCUUUGAAACGAUUCAAUCUAUAGUAUGUUGUAUAUUUUUUGAUAAAAAUCGCAAUGCUUCACAUAUAUGCAAAUUUUCUUAUAUAUAUAUAAACAUACCAGGUAUUAAUGAUACUGUUGCCGAAAACUGUUGCGUUCUAUAAGAAAAAUAAAACAGUGUGGAGGGGAAUAAAGGGUAAGAUGGCCAUUUCCUUUGAAGAUGGCAGACUGAUGUAAAGAUUACUAAAACAAAAAGAUGUAAAGUGUAAAUUCCGUUUUGGUUUUCACGUUGUAAAACUGUAUAAUACAUGUGUAAAAAUAUGAGCCGUACUGGUAUCAUGUAAUUAAAUUUGUAAACUAUUGUAUUUCUAAAAUUUUUGGGACAGUCUGUUUCAUUGUAAUUUUGAGAGGCGGAUUACCGAACGGCAAAUCCGCCCCGCUUUGUAGGGUAGCUGGAUGGGGAUCACAAUUAUCUCGAGUCGUUUCUAUACGAAAUAAGCCGAACAACACCAAACAAUUGCCAAUAACAAAAUUUUUCUUUAACGUUAAUAAACUGUAACAUUGUUGCAUAUAGGGAUUGUUACUCAAAUUUUUGCAAUUAUCUCCCUAAUAAUUUUAACAAUUUUUUAAACUAUUGAUCUUGCAAAAGUACUGAUUAUAUGUUACUGAAACAUCUAUUGGUGUCUUUUGAAAACUUUGCGAAAACCAAAAUCACGUUUUAAUGAUAUCAGAAUAAAUUUAACAAUUUGGUGAUAUAAUGAGAACAAGUGUGACAAAAAAAUCAUGGUGUCAUGGCAUAUCACAAUUUUGAAAAUAACAAUUCAAAUCAAAAUUCGAAAAGGGAAAUAACAGAGAAAACAGCUCGAAAAGAACUUCUCCCUAUUUUGAGACAGACUAGCUAGUUCAUGCUGAUUUUUUGGGUGAUUCGCAAUAAAUGGAGUAGAUUUUGUUUAUAAAAAAUUUGGAAAUAGUUUACGACUCCAACUUCAUUGACUAGGGCACUUAAUGCUAGCUAAAGCCUUUGCAUCAUACAAUGCCAAACAAUAAUUGUUGGGAAAUUUCAAUCGGCCUUUUUGCAACACGUGUUUUUUACCUAACAUUACGGAAAAAUGAUCAAAUCUGACAAAAUAAAUAAGGUCAAUUGUCCUUCCAGACUUUUUUUGGAAUUUGUAUCGAUUUUACCACUCACUGUAUGCUUUUAGAUGAAAAAAAAUUACAUCUCUUAGCUAUAAAAUUACUAAAUAAUUUUUGAGCUUUCCACUUUUUUAUGAACUUGGACUAUAACGAAAGCAGAUAUGGCUAAGAUUUAAUUAGGGUCGCACAGUUUGAAGAAACAGUUCUAGUUUUACCAUUUUUUUUGCAAAUUAUUUUGAAUUUUCUAUUUAUAUUAAUAAUUAUACCAAAAAACGUAGCUUACUUUAUGAAUGUAACUGAUACCUAGUUACGUAUUUCUGUCCAUUUAGUAACAAAAUGGCGAUUUGUUUUUAACAGUUUUUUGAUGUUUUACGAAGUUAUGGCAAUUGUAAUGUUGUAAAGCACCAUCUCGAGAGUAUCAGUUCACAAUACAAUAUGGCUCUCUGCGAAUUACGGCUGUAUAUUAUAUUUAUUAUGCGAUCUGUUUCAAUGAAUGUGUAAAUUUAGUUGUCGAGAAUGCAUGCUAGUUUUUAUUAGGAUGGUAAUAUCCAAUAUGUAUAAUAAUGUAUUUCGAUUUUAUUAUUUUUUACCACAGUAGUAAUAAAUCAAUAAAUAAUUCAAUAUUCGCUUAUGUUCUCUUUUUGUUUCUUCUAAUUUUUCUCUAUGUACACACUUUUUAAGAUAGAGCUUUUUUUCGUUUUUUUUCUUUAGUUUUUUAUAUUAGCAAAUGUUGGGAUUGUCAUUAUUAUCCCUAGGGCUAGACUGUUCGAUAUUGAUUCACAAAUAAAUGUAACAAUAAUACGUU